UUCACGGUUGUUGGUUACUGUGUUGUGCUAUUUCUCAAUUCAUGUUUUAGAUAGCAAACGUUUUUUGCAAGUAUUUUCUGAUUAUUUUGUCAAAGUCUAUCAUGUCAAAACAGAAACAAACACGAAAGAGAAAACACACCACCACCCGUUAUUUUGACAUAGAAUUUGAAGUUGACGCGCCUAAAACAAAAUUUCGCCCUUCUGAAGAUGCGGAGGAUAGUAAGCUUUCCGAAAUGUUGUUCGGUGGGAGUUCCUCCUUUUUAAAGAGCCUGGAUGAAGCCGAGCGUUCGGAAGACGUUGAUUCCGGCGUAGCCGAAGGAUCUAGUACAGAUAGUGAUGAAUCUGAACCUAAAGCUGCCUGGUAUGAUGAAGACGACGUUGGUAUUGAUGUAGGGCAGGCACUUGAUAGUCAAAAACGGAAACUACCCUCCGGAGGCCUAAAUAGUAGAGACAACAAAUAUUCUGAAUUGUUAAAACACAAAUUUCAAUCCAUAGUUGGUAGACCAAAAUGGGCCAAUAUCAACAAAUCUAAAAGUGAUAGAGAAUCUGAUGAAGAGUUGCUGCAAACUUGCGGGUUUAUUGCGAAAACUCCAACGGCACACAUAUUGCCCAAUCUUUUGGAAUUUAAAAAGGUGAAAGAUUUGAACAGCGCAACUUAUUCCGAGGGGCCUUUAAUAAAUUCCAUUGAAUUUCAUCCAAACUCUACAGUUGCAUUAGUAGCAGGUAACAAAGGUAUUGCCACGUUGUAUACUGUCGAUGGCAAGCAAAACUCUAAACUUCACAGCAUAGCUUUUGAACAGUUUCCAAUACUUUGUGCAAAAUUUGUCAAAACCGGAAAUGAAGCAGUUUUGGGUUCCCGUUUGCCUUACAUUCAAAGCUACGAUCUUCUGGCUGCGAAAUCAGUUCGAUAUAAACUACCACCAGGCAUGACUCAGUGCAAGAAAUUUGUAGUAUCACCAGAUGAUAAAUUUAUGGCAGUGGCGGGUAAAUGGGGUGAAGUUCAUAUUAUAUCAACAGUAUCAAAAGAAAGAAUAUUUAUGCUAAAACAAGAUUCAGAGGUAACUGCAUUGGAGUACAACCCAAAAGGUAACCUGCUUUUUGGACACAGCGACACUGGAGAAAUAACAGUUUGGGACAUGAACAUGCAAAGAGUUAAGCACAAGUUUGCAGACGAGGGAUGCCUGCAAGGAACAGCGCUUUCUGUAUCGAGUUCAAAUCAAUUUCUUGCAGCAGGCUCUGCACAAGGUGUCGUUAAUUUAUAUGGAAUGGAAGAUGUUUUGAAAAAUAAAUUGCCCAAACCAAGAAAAGGUAUUCUUAACCUCACAACACAAAUAACCGGUUUGAAAUUUAACCAUACCUCCGAAGUGCUGGCGUUUACAUCAGUAGAUAUAAAAAAUUCUAUUCGAUUAUUUCAUGUGGGUUCUGGAACAGUGUAUAGUAAUUUUCCCCCCUUUGACUCAAAAUUAGGUAAUUUGAAUUGUAUAAAUUUUUCUCCAAAUAGCGGCUUUCUUGCCUUAGGCAAUAGAAAAUCGCUUGUAUCGCUGUAUAGGUUGAAGCAUUUCAAAAAUUAUUGAGUUAAAUUACACCCAUAUCUAACCUGAAAAAAAAUGUCACCCGUAGAAAGAACUUUAUGUGCUCUUCUUUCCUUCCCACUCAAACCAAAUUUUUAUAAAUAAAACUUCAUUAUUAAAAGAAA